AUGGAGCCUGAACUUACCACCGAUCCCGACGAUCGAAUCGACCAGGUCGCUCAAUACAUUACCAUACUAGGCAACAAGAUCGGCCAACUGGAGCAAAAAGUCAAGAACGUAGAAGGAAAGCUCACCACAAUUGACCAAAAUCUUGCCCACAUCGACAAACGCAUCGAAGACAUGAGCAAAGAUGUCGUUGAGCGAGACGACCAACUCGACACUCAAGAUUCGCUCUGGCUCAACGUUCGUGCCGGCGAACUCGACAAUGUCUGGGACCAAGUCACCAACGGACAUGAAGAGGAUGAUAUCUUCAUCACACACGGAGCUGAUGUCGAACUCGACAUGCGCGUACUCAAUCAUCUCCAUAAUACCGACGAAGCUCGAUUGGAGACUGCAGAAAUCGGCUUUGAGCACUUGUAUGGUUACAAAUUUGAUGGGGAUAAUGAGGAAAUGAUCAUGGGCUCACCACAGGAGGUUCGUUCGAUUAUCAAUAUGCGUGCAAAUCUGAAAUUUCUUCGUGCUUGGAAGGCCAACUCUACUAUGACGGAUUACUUGAUCGACCGUUGGGGCAAUAGGGAAAAUGUCUAUUAUCCGAAGUCACGGUUGAAACAAGAGUACUUGGAGCUACUAAACUCCUACAAGCAGAAGGGGGAAGACUGA